CCCCUCGUUUGAAUAUGCAAAUACGAUUACGUCAUCGGACCUCCGCUUUUUUCGCUGAAGUUAGCUCGCUAUGGCGGAGCUGAAAGUUUCAAACUUUCCUUAAGUACUGCAAUCUUAUUCCAAUGGAGCACCUCCAAGGAGCCUGGAAGACCCUAAGCAAUGGGCUAGGAAUGAAGGAUUCUGUCUUUGACAGUACGUGCGUCUCCCCAACGACGGUGCAGGGAUUCCCCUACCAGCGCCGCUCAUCAGAUGACAGCAAAAUCCCGGACUCCAAAACAAGCAGCACCAUCCGAGUGUACCUCCCCAACCAGCAGCGCACUGUUGUGAACGUGCGGUCCGGUAUGACUCUCCACAGUUGCCUUAUCAAAGCCCUGAAGGUGCGAGGGCUUCAGCCUGAGUGUUGUGCUGUCUACAAGCUCCAUCCGGGCCACAGAAGUAAAAAGUCGCGAAUGGAUUGGAACACAGACUCUACCUCGCUCAUCGGGGAGGAACUGCUGGUGGAGGUUUUAGACCAUGUGCCUUUGACCACGCACAAUUUUGUUCGGAAAACAUUUCUGAAGUUGGCUUUCUGUGACAUAUGCCAGAAGUUCCUUCUGAAUGGCUUUCGUUGCCAGACAUGUGGAUAUAAAUUCCAUGAGCACUGCAGCACAAAAGUUCCUACGAUGUGUGUGGACUGGAGUAACAUCAGGCAACUCCUGUUGUUUCCAACCCCUGGUGAAAGUGGGGCUCCAUCUCUGCCUCAUAUUACCUCAAGGAGAAUGAGGGAAUCUUUCUCCAGAAUCCCCAGCAGCUCACUGCACAGACAUUCGACCCCUCACGCUUUCAAUCACACCACCGCGUAUCCACCCUCGGGAGGUGCACUCUCGCAGAGGCAGCGGUCCACCUCCACGCCUAACGUGCACAUGGUCAGCACUGCCCUGCCUGUUGACAGCAGCCUGAUCGAGCUAGAUUGCCUGAAUACUUCUCCUAGCUCCUGGUGCCGACGAUUUUGUCUGAAGAGAAGAGAUGCAAUACGUCAUGGUCACGGUCACGGCUCAGCCGGUAGUUCCCCGAGCCAGAGUCCGACUGGCUGGACCCAGUCCAAAGCUCCAGCACCAGCUCAGAAGGAGAGGGCAUCGUCCUUCAAUUCUCAGGAGAAAAACAAAAUCCGCCCAAGGGAUAAGAGAGACUCCAGCUACUACUGGGAGAUUGAAGCCAGUGAGGUUGUGCUGCACUCGAGAAUCGGAUCAGGUUCCUUUGGAACAGUAUUCAAAGGGAAAUGGCAUGGUGAUGUGGCAGUAAAGAUUUUAAAAGUUACAGAUCCGACACCGGAGCAGUUCCAGGCCUUCCGCAAUGAGGUGGCAGUUCUACGGAAAACCAGACAUGUCAACAUCCUGUUGUUCAUGGGCUACAUGACAAAAGAUAACCUCGCUAUUGUGACGCAGUGGUGCGAGGGCAGCAGUCUGUACAAACACCUCCACGUGCUGGAGACCAACUUCCAGAUGUUCCAGCUGAUUGACAUCGCCAGACAGAACGCUCAGGGCAUGGACUACUUACAUGCAAAGAACAUCAUCCACCGGGACAUGAAGUCAAACAACAUCUUCUUGCAUGAAGGCUUGACCGUGAAGAUUGGAGAUUUUGGCCUAGCCACAGUGAAGGCCAGGUGGAGUGGCUCUCAUCAAGUGGAACAGCCUUCAGGAUCCAUAUUAUGGAUGGCUCCUGAGGUGAUCCGAAUGCAAGACAACAACCCAUACAGUUUCCAAUCAGAUGUCUACUCUUACGGCAUUGUUUUGUAUGAACUGAUGACUGGAGAGCUUCCAUAUUCACAAAUAGCUAACAGAGAUCAGAUCAUCUUUAUGGUCGGCAGAGGUUAUCUGUCCCCUGAUCUCAGUAAGCUGUAUAAGAGUUGCCCCAAAGCCAUGAAGCGGCUAGUCGCAGACUGCAUUAAAAAGUCCAAGGAGGAGAGGCCUCUGUUUCCACAGAUCCUGUCCUCCAUCGAGCUGCUGCAGCACUCCCUCCCCAAAAUCAACCGCAGCGCCUCGGAGCCGUCUCUGCACAGAGCUGCACAGCCUGAGGACAUCAACUCCUGCACUUUGACCUCCAUGAAGCUGCCUGUUUUCUGAAGCAACAAUCCAUGCCAAAUGCUCACCGGCCAGCGAGCCACUGCCGCCCGAUCUAGCAGGACGAAACAAAGGCGUCCCGGAGCUGAAGGGAACUCACUUUGGGUUUCAGAUGUUUCUGGAAGUUUCGCUGAACCUGCUACUCUGCUCUGAUGGCAAAGUCUGCCUAACUUAACUAUCUAAAUCUCUCAACUGAAAGCAGAGACCCAUAGAAGGAUGGAGUAUAUAGAUUUUUUAGCCAGUUUAUGGACGAAUGCACUUGUCAAGAGAGAGUGUGGGUUUGUAUAUGUACUCCCUUAAUUAUUCAUGUUUCUGAAACAGAUCUCAUCAUUGCUGUGAGAUCUAAUUCAUGCACAAAAUUAUUUUAGAUUUGUAUGUUUGAAAACUCCCCAAAUGAAUAGAUGUAUUAAUUGCGACACUUUCAAGCAUGUAAACAUGUAGGCGGACAAAACUGUUCGAUUUUAAACGCAGAAACAAUAAAAGUUACCGCUGAGAACUGGAUUUUGUGAUCCCACCACAAGUAGCCUGUAAUAGUUCUGCUGUUUGGCUGCAAAACAACAGAAUUUUGAUGGUUACCUUCACAAAUUACAGUAGAAAAUAUUUUCCAUAGCUUGUCGCCACACUUUGCUGUGCUGGUUAUGUUACAGUCUGCAGAAUACCUUUGUGUGGCUCUGUGAGAGUGAACGAGAUUGUGGUCCUGGUUAGCAAAGCACAGAAGUGGAAGACUUUGCGAGGAUCGCCACUGUACAAAACAAUUUGCAGUCUUUCUCAAUCGCCGUGCCUUUUGCGUGUGGAGUUUUGUAACCAUUCAAUCAGUUUUCAUAGACGUUUAUAAUGCCUUGUUUGGAGAAAUGUAUGGACGGUUCAUGUUCAUGUGGUCAGUGUUCAGCUGCCGUUUAAUGGUGUUGAAUAGUAAAGUAGGGCUCAACAUUGUAUAAUGAUUGAGUUUUUAGUGAUUGUCAACUGUUUCAUUUGAAGGUUUUGUUGCAGACUCUUGAGUACAUACUGUUUAUCAUUAAUGGUUAUUUUAAUAAAAUUAAGUUAAAUGCCAAA